AUGGACUUCGACGGGCGGCUGCUGCGGGCGGCGGGCGGCUGGGGCCGGCGCGCGCGGCUGCUGGCCGCCGCCUCGUGGCUGCCCAACGUGCCGCUGGCGCUGGGGCUGGCCGCGGGGCUGCUGCUGGCCGCCACGCCGCCGCACCGCUGCCGCCCGGACCCGGCGCUGCUGCCGCCCGCGCUGCGCAACGCCUCCGGCCCGCAGCUGCUCGACGUGUCGGCGCCGCCCGGCAGCGCCUGCCUGCUGUACCGCUACCCGCCGCCCGGGGGCGCCCUCGGGCCGCCGCCCAACCGCACCGGGCCCUGCACCCGCGGCUGGCAGUACGCGCUGCCCGAGGCCGGCCUCCGCACCACCGUCGUCACCCAGUGGGACCUGGUGUGCUCCAAGCAGUGGCUGGUGCCGCUGGAACAAACCACCUACCUGCUGGGAUGGUUCCUCGGUUACCUGGGCUUUGGUUCGGCCUGCGACAGGUUUGGCCGCCGGACCACUUUCAUCAUCUCUUUGACGCUCUCUGUCCCGCUGGGUGUUGCGGUGGGGCUGGCCGUGAAUUAUGUGAUGCUUGUUCUCACACGGAUGCUCUUUGGGAUGAUGCUGGCUGGAACUUUCAUCUCCCUCUACGUCGCAAGGCUGGAAUUGUGUGAUCCUCCCCACCGGCUGGUGGUCACCAUGAGCGCUGGGUUCUUCUGGGUGGCCGGAGAGGUGCUCUUGCCGGGGCUGGCCGCGGCAUGCAAGGAGUGGCGGCUCCUCCAGGGGGCGAUCACGCUGGGGCUGGCUCUGCUGGCUGCCUGCUGGUGGUGCCCGCCCCUGUUCCCUGAAUCGGCCCGCUGGCUCUUGGCCACUCAGCAGCUGGAGAGAGGUCGAAGGGCUUUGCGGGACUUAGCCGAAGGCAAUGGAGUCCGCUUGGAGGAAGACUUCUAUACCCAGGAGCACCUGUUCGCACAGCAGGGAGACCUGUUGGACGGGCCGCUCCGGCCACGAUUCCACGGCAUCUUCCAGGUGUUGAACACCCGCGUCGUGUGGAAGAACAGCCUUAUCCUCGGUUUCACGGCGUUGAUUGGGAGUGGGAUCCGCCACUGCUUCACCCGCAACCUGACUCCCUUCGCGCCCCAGUUCUACUUCCCCUACUUCCUGCUGGCGGUGAGCGAAGCGCUGGCUGUCCUCUUCCUGUGCCUGACCGUGGACCGCUUUGGACGCCGGGCGGUCCUCCUGCUCAGCACCAUCCUGACGGGCGUUUCCUCGCUGCUCCUGCUGGCCCUGACCCCGUACCUGAUGGCCUGGCUGGUCCUAGCAUUCUCCGUCCUGGGCAUUCUGGCGUCACAAGCGGUCACUGCCCUCAGUGUCUUGUUUGCCAGCGAGGUGCUGCCCACCGUGGUCAGGGGUUCUGGGCUGGGCCUGAUCCUGGCCGCCCGGUCGGUGGGCCAGGCCGCCGCCCCCCUCAUGGACCUCCACCACAGCCGCGGCUUCUUCCUCCACCAUGUGGUCUUCGCCUCCUUCGCCAUCCUGUCGGUGCUCAGCAUCAUGCUGCUCCCCGAGACCAGCAACAAGCCCCUGCCCGAGUCACUGCAGGAUGGGGAGAACCAGCGCCGGCCUCCGCUCUUCCGCCGCUCCGCGCGCUCGUGCCGCAGGGACCACCUGCCGCUGCUCUCUACUCGCCCCGGGGCCAGCCCCUAUGACCCCGACAGCUACGCCCGCCUCGUCACGGCCACCAAGAAGAUGCUGGCCAGCCGGCACGGAUCGGACGCUCAGCAAGCCCGGCCGCUGCUGCUGGAGCCCCCGCGGGAUGGCUGCACUCCGGAGGAGACGUAGGGGUGUUGUCCCCGGGCCUGGCCGUGCGGCCGGAGGGGUGGGGCUGGAGGCAGGACUGCUCCAGCCCCCAACGAAGCCCCUUCAGAAGGAGCUCUCGCCCCCAAAGCCUGCGGGAAUCGUGUUCCCAUCAAGCGGGGCAAAAGGGCGGGGCACGGGGCAGCCUGGACGGAGCCGCCCGUCUGCCACAGAAGAGGCUCGGCCCCCGGCCCCUUGGCUCACCUGCAGGGAUGGCAACCCACCUGCGGCCUUUUGUGCCGGCCUCACCUGGCCAG